UGAUAAGCGGUUGGAUGUCCAUCCUGCCAUCCUGCUGCCGCAUCCGGCCAAAACCAGUACAUGUGGGCUGAGGCAUCACACUGGACCUCAAAGUCUUGCUGAAAAUUUGACAAUUGUAGCACCAACUUUGUUGAGAGGAAAAGUUUUAACUGGUUGAAGACUUCUGCUGCACUUCCUGACUUCCUGUUCAGACAAAGGAGUUCUUCUUCUAUAGUUGUGUCAAGGGUCCUGCAAUCAUUUUGUAUCGUUGAAUAAAUUUGGGGUAGUAACCACUAACCAGCAAGGCCUAAGAACCUGUGUAAGGCCAUGAUUAAGCUAGGAGUGGGCAAAUCAAUUACUGCUUGAAUCUUAGUUUUAUCAACCUCAACCCCUGACCCCUCCACUAUAAAUAACAUGUCCUCGGAAAUGAACCAAAACAGUUCAGAAGCUGCACUUGGAGUCUUGGACUGCUUGAGAAAUAAGCUAUUCUGACGUAGCAAAUGGUUUAAAUUUCUCUAUGGUGUGUUAGGCUGCUGCUGCUGUGCAUUUCCAGGAUUUUAAUGCUGAGGUCCUGCAGUGUCUCACCAUUCCACAUGAGUCUGGGGCGACAUUCAAUGCAUUGUUCCUCAUACUGAUGCUAAUGAUACAAGUGAGGGUCAAACUAUGAAUGGCACUGCAUGUUAUGAUAUAAUUCUCAUGGCUGAAACAGUGUAUUCGAUGUCUGCACUCCCCGGUCUUUAUAAACUUAUUGAAAAGUGCACAAGUUGUCCUCAUGGAGUGGUCUAUGUAGCUACUAAAAAGCAUUACGUUGGGGUUGGCGGGGGAUCAAGACGUUUUGUUUCAAUGGUGGAGAAAUAUGGUAAGCCUUCUGCUAUAGCAUCACUGAUGAGUGAAUCUUGCUAUCUUAUUAUAAAUCUACAAUUGCAUAGUUUUUCGCUCGGUAUUCCUAUAAAUUAUAUGUUGAAUUUAUUGCCUUUUCUUGAUUGAUAGAAAGGUAAUGCGAAUAUGCAAUAGUGUGAUGGAAGUAGAACUUCUCCGGUUUUUGUUUUUCUUAUUAGGAAAUGCAUCAUAUGGAUGAGAUCAUUCAAAAGGUUUUAACUUUAGGUCUCUUGCUUGACAUUUUUGUAAGCCCGUGAUUGGGGUUGGUUAGAGCCUUAGAGGACUUCGGGGUGAAUGAGAGAAAAGUGAAGCAGUUUGUUUUGUUGGGGGAAUUUUGGUGUAUGGGGAGGAAAGUGGGGGAGCUUUGGAGUCCUCAUUCCUCAAAACUCUUCAUA